UCACGAUCCCCAGAAAUCAUGUCAAUAGGAUCUCAUUCAUUCUCCCCAGGAGGCCCUAAUGGGAUCAUUAGAAGUCAAUCCUUUGCUGGUUUCAGUGGUCUUCAAGAAAGACGAUCCAGAUGUAAUUCCUUUAUUGAGAAUUCCCCUGCACUCAAAAAACCCCAAGCCAAGGUGAAAAAAGCACAUCAUUUGGGGCACAAAAGUAACAGCUCUGCUAAGGAGCCACAGCCUGAAAGAAUGGAGGAAGUUUACAAGGCCUUGAAGAAUGGAUUAGAUGAAUAUUUGGAAAUACAUCAAACAGAACUGGAUAAAUUAAGUACUCACUUGAAAGACAUGAAAAGAAAUUCACGGCUGGGGGUGCUAUAUGAACUUGACAAGCAAAUGAAAGCAAUUGAAAGAUACAUGAGAAAGCUCGAGUUUCAUAUCAGUAAGGUAGAUGAACUCUUUGAAGCCUACUGUAUCCAAAGGCGGCUCCGUGAUGGUGCCAGCAAAAUGAAGCAAGCGUACGGGUUGUCCCCUGCUAGCAAGGCAGCUCGAGAGAGUUUAUCAGAAAUCAACAAAACCUAUAAAGAAUAUACUGAGAACUUGUGUGCCAUUGAAGGAGAGCUGGAAAAUUUAAUGGGGGAGUUCUGCAUCAAGAUGAAAGGUCUGGCUGGCUUUGCUCGACUUUGCCCUGGAGACCAGUAUGAAAUAUUUAUGAGGUAUGGUCGUCAAAGAUGGAAACUAAAAGGCAAAAUAGAAGUCAAUGAUAAGCAAAGUUGGGAUGGAGAAGAAAUGAUCUUCCUCCCCCUUAUUGCUGGGCUAAUCUCCAUUAAGGUCACAGAACUUAAAGGUCUUGCCACUCAUAUUUUGGUUGGAAGUGUUACUUGUGAAACGAAAGACUUAUUUGCCGCUCAGCCUCAGAUUGUCGCUGUGGAUAUCAAUGACCUUGGCACAAUAAAGCUGAAUCUGGAAAUCACUUGGCAUCCAUUUGAUGUGGAGGACAUUACCCCAUCAACAGGCAACACAAACAAAGUGUCAGCUAUUCAAAGAAGGAUGUCCAUUUAUAGUCAAGGCACUCCAGAAACACCAACUUUCAAGGAUCAGUCAUUCUUUAAAUGGCGACAUCCUCCACAAGACAGUCUCCACUCUGCCAUUUUAGAGACUCUGCAAGACGCUUUCUUUGACAAACUACGUUGCAGUCGCUCAUUUAGUGAUCUGCCAUCUCUCAGGCUGAGGUCUAGAACAGGGCUAGAACAAUAUUUAAAUUUACCAGAUGAUGUUUUUGGAAAUGGAACAGCAAAAAAUGAGAAAAGCUCAUUUUCUUUCAGUUUCAAUGACAUUACCAGUGGACAUUGUACUACAUCAUAUAGUUCAACAGACUCAUCCUCUACCAUAGAUAAUUCCAAUCCUGAAAUUAUUGCCACAACCCCAGGCAUAAGUUUAUCCAAACCUGACACUGUGCACAAUAUUCAUUCAAGCUGUGAAGACUCCACAUCUGAAUCCAACAACUUAACAUCACAAGUGCAUAGUGAAAAUAUGACCACAAAUCUAGAUUCUGAGCUUUGCCAAAGUUCUCCUCAUUUGAGAGGCAACAGUGUGAUUUUAGCAAGUAGUGCCUCAGAGUCACUUCUUCCGGAUACAGAUGAAUUAUCAGACGUCAAACCUGUAGAGCUGGAUACCUUUGAAGGCAAUAUCACGAAGCAGCUGGUUAAAAGACUGACAUCUGGAGAGGGGCCAAUGACACCUGAAAAAUAUCAUUGUGAGGGGUCAAUUAGUGGAGAAUCUGAAGGCUAUAAAUCAUGUGUUGAUGGAAGUCUAGAAGAAGCAUUUCACGGGCUUCUAUUAGCUCUUGAACCUCAUAAAGCACAAUUUAAAGAAUUCCAGGAAUUGGACCAAGGAAUUACACAUCUAGAUGAGAUCCUAAAAGUAAGUUCAGCUUCAAAUAAGAAAUCUCAUUGUGAAUAGAAGAAUUGUUAUUAUG